AGUACGACGGUUACUGACAGCUACACUUUCUCUGCAUACUUCGAAAAAUGUCGAUUUCCGAGGAGAUGUACCUGCACUAUCACGGACUGAUUGUGCCCAAGGAAACUCACUCUUAUGAGAGUUUGGAGUUUGCUCAGGGAUUCAAGUUUGAAGACGACGACGUCCUGGCUGUUACCUACCCGAAGUCAGGUACAAUCUGGAUGCAGGAGAUCCUCCCACUGGUGCUGAAUGGGGGGGAUCUGACACCCAUCCAUACCAUUCCUAACUGGGAGAGAGUCCCAUGGCUGGAAGAGAAACAACUGGCACGGGUGGUGGAUAAGCUGGCAUCUCCACGGGCACUGGUCUCACAUUUUCCCUACAACCUCAUGCCCCCUUCCUUCUGCACCUCCAAAGCAAAGGUGAUCUACGUCAUGAGGAACCCAAAGGACAUCAUGGUGUCUUCAUACUACUUCCACCAGAUGGCUGGCUUCCUUGAGGAUCCAGGAACCUUUGAUGAGUUCAUGGAUAAAUUUCUUGAGGGCAAAGUGAUGUUUGGAAAAUGGACAGACCACAUGAAGAGCUGGAGAAACAGUGAACUGGGAGACAGAAUAAUGUACAUUACAUAUGAAGAAAUGGCUCAGGACCUGCCUGCGGCUCUCAGGCGUAUUUCUGAUUUCCUGGGCUGCAAUCUGACUGAAGAACUAAUUCAGAAGGUAGCAGAGCAUUGUUCUUUCAAGAGCAUGCAGAACAACAACAUGUCCAACUUCAGUCUGAUCCCCAAGGUGUACUUGGACCAUGACAAAUCUCCUUUCCUAAGAAAAGGCAUUGCUGGAGACUGGAAAAACCACUUCAGCUCAGAGCAACUGACCCGAUUCACCUCUGUGAUUUCCAAAGAGCUGGAAGGUGAGAGCUUCUCUCUGCCAUGGAGCUUGGAUUGACCACCAUCUGAAAUAGUGAGACGGAGAGAUCAGGAGUGGUAAAGACAAAAUCGAGACCUAUAUCGCGAGUAAUGUUAUAUUUCUUAUAGGAGGCACAUCUAGUAUACAUAGAGCUGCCCCAAAAAAACAAAAGAGUGCAUCGGCCAGCACAACAAAUUUUGGAUCCUUCGCUCUGAUUUAGCGGUGAGUGCAGCGCAUGCCGUUGUGAAAGGGCCUUUAUGCUCCGCAGUGUGACUCACAGGUCCCAGGUCAGCCCUGACUUUGUGUUAGGUAAUACUAAAGUAAUAAUGGGAUUUCUGGUAUAUCACAGCUUUAUCCUUUCAACAGCUACCGGAAGUUAAGGGACCUAGCUUAUAAUGAAUAUUCAUAUGGAAAUCCUCCAGCUUCAAACUAUAUUACCCUUCCAGGACCUGCAGCUCAGCAAAGAACCCUUCGACAGCCCAACCCAUCUGUCUCUGAUUGGAUUGUUAAAUUUGUGAUUGACCUGACAUUGACCAAUCAGCUGAAAGGAAGAAGAAUUUGGUCAAAAUUUUUAAGUUUAAUAUAUAGUUUUUUGCUUUGCAUCUGUAACCAGACCUUAAAAAACAAAUUUGUAAUGUGUAAAUAUUUUUUUACAAAUACAAAUCUCUUUUACAUUGACACAAAUUCUCUUCCAUAGAUGCACAAACAUAAAAUUUUCAGAUAUUUGGUUUACAGGUUACAAAACUCAGUUCACAACUAUGCUGUCUGAUUUACAAAAUAUUCGUACUUGUAAAAUAUUUAUAAUAAAUAUUUUAAAAUAUUUAUAACCCCAAUUUGAGCCCAUAAACUAGUGCCAUGAACUAGUGGUAAAAAACUAAAUUGCCGCAAAAUGACGUCACUUCCGGUUUCGA